AUGUGUGCUCAUCGCUGCAACAAGCCUACAAAGAAGUCUUCCACUGUCAGCGAGAUGACCAAUCUCAAGACAGCAGCCAAGGCCAAGGCCGACACUCAAGUCGAAGCCGCAGGCCAAGCCAAGGUCGAAGCUCAAGCUCCAACAGACAGCUUCCACUACUUCGCCAGGUUCCCUUGCGAGAUCCAAGUCAUGAUCUGGAAGGAGUUCUACCUCGAGCCUCGUCACUUCGACGCAGUCAUCCACGACUACCGCCGCCCAAUCAAGGGUAACGGCAACAGACUGGACAGAGAGGAACGCGAAAUCUCAAAGCUUCAUCUCAAGGGCAAAGAGGAGUCGAUCAGCAACUACAACGCCAUCGACAAUCAAAUCAACUACCUAUCUCGUGAGAUCGCACACUCUAUCCGCCAGAAGGUCCGCAUGCCUCGCUUGGAGGACACCGACCAGGGCUUGGGCUUCGACAUCGAGGUUCACAACCGCCAGACCUCUCGCUUUACGGAUGUAGUCUCCUUCAACUCAACCAUUGACGUCCUCCACAUGAAAGCUCCCUUAUACAGAAUGAGUGUCUCAUCUGAGUUAUCAGCCUGGUGCAAGAGUAUCCAGCACGCUGUUGUUGAGUACAGUGGUUACGAAGACCCUCGUCGCACUAUCGAUGUUGCUUGCAAGGCUAAGAGCAAGAAGCGUAGCGGCAAAUGGCGCGCUGUCUUCUCUGGUCUGAAGUCCUUGGAGGCGCUGUACAUCUAG